AUGCACACCCAGGAAAAGAUGGCUUGCCCACGUGUGCAGUACCGCCGCCGCAUGCACUAUGCGACGCGUGGCAACCGCAUGAAGCUUGUGCGUACCCCCGGCAACCGUCUCGUGAUGCAGAAGCGUGCGAAGCGCUCUCAGGGCCCCCAUACGCCGUGGGUGCUUGGCCACAAGCGCCUCGCAGGCACAAAGGCGCUGCGCCACACGGAAGCCCGUCUUGCCUCGCGGCACCAGAAGAGCACGUCGCGCCCGUACGGCGGUGUGUUGAGUCACGAGCAGGUGCGGGACCGCAUCGUGCGGGCCUUCCUCAUCGAGGAACAGCGCAUUGUGAAGCGCGCACUCAAGGCCCACACCAAGUCGCAUAAGGAGAAGAAGCGCCGCGACGCCAAGAAGAAGCGUAAGGAGGAGAAGAAGGCCGCCAUCUCAAAGAAAAUUGCAAAGAAGCUUGGCGUGAAGUCCACCGUUGCGAAGAAGACGGUCGCCAAAAAGAAGAUCACUGCGAAGGCCCCCGUUGGUGCGACCCUCAAGAAGAAGUAG